AUGCCGAAAGGAUAUCUUUUCGUACCUAUACAAUCUGUGCUGAUCUCGGGUACGAUAAUAAGUUUGACAUGCUUAAUCCUGCGGCUUUUUGUCAGGCGGAAGAUAAACAGCAGGCUGUAUCUAGAAGACUACUGCUUAAUUUUCUCCUGGGCAUUUAUUCUUACCGCCGAUCUUAUAGAUGCUAUAUACAAUGCUGGAUUAGGAACGCAUGUUCAAAAUCUGAGCACAAGUUUACUAGAUCUAUUUGAGAAGCUUAUUCUUGCAACUGCAUGCCUCUUUGUUACCGGUUCAUGCCUCGCCAGAAGCGCUCACCUGAUCUUUCUCGCCCGUAUUUUUGCGGGAAAGCAAAGUAUGCGUUACGCAGUGUAUACAGUUACUGUGUUUAUUACUGUCGGCUCCGCGGCAACUUUUUCGCUUUUUGUUUUUGCUUGUCGACCAAUAUCCAAAUCAUGGACCAUAACCCAGGCUGGCAGAUGCAUUAAUCAGUCGGCUAUAUUUAUUGCUGUUGCAAUAUUCAAUAUUUGCUCUGAUAUCCUGUUAUUGCUGCUACCUGUGCCUACAAUCUAUAGAUUGAAGAUCACACAUACACAGAAGGUGAAAUUCAUGAUCAUUUCUAUCAUGGUUUGUGUGACAUUCAUUGCAAGCGCUGUGCGACUGGGUAUUACGAUACCAUUAUUGACAUCACGUGAUUUGACUUAUGAUACAGCACGACUUGGGCUGCUUGUUGGUAUUGAAGCAAAUAUUCUUAUCAUUGCACCCUGUCUGCCAGCAAUACAGCAGGGCUUUCGAAUAGCCUCUUCAAACCACAACAUAAUGCCAGGUGGACCGUCCAAAACCCGCAACAGUUUCGGGACGGCGAGGUUAGAUGCGCCCUUGAAAACAAUUGAAGGACUCAGUAGCGAAUUCAAGCAGAACCCUUUUUGCAUUACAGCUUGA